GAAACAGUAUAUAAGCACUGAUCUUACAGCUGUUCAGCACCUUCUCACUGGAAGGCUAAAGCUACGUGUUGGUGCUGAAAAGAAGUCUAUUCUUCAAAUAUUCUGCAUAUUCUCCAGAAGCGAUAUUAAACAUCGCCAUGAAGCUGCUGAUUGUGUUUGCACUUCUUUGUGUAAUGAUCCCUCUGAUCAUUUCUGCUGAAGAAGAAAAACGUCAGUUUGGUGGUACCAACAACAUGGGCGGAGGUCAGAGUGGUGGUACCUGGACCUGGGGCAAACGUCAGUUUAGUGGUACCAACAACAUGGGCGGAGGUCAGAGUGGUGGUGCCUGGACCUGGGGGAAACGUCAGUUUAGUGGUACCAACAACAUGGGCGGAGGUCAGAGUGGUGGUGCCUGGACCUGGGGCAGGAAUCAGGUGUAUGAAUGAUAUAUGCCGCACUAUUGACACCACUUUUAUCUGGGUCUGAAAAAGAAGAUGAUUCCUGGUCUUUCAUGGAAAGCAUGGUUCAUCGCACCAAGAAGCAAAUAAUUUCAUCCAACUCCCUGAACUAUCUUUUCAUCCUUUUACAUUUUUAAUUUCUUUCCUUUUGCAUCAUCAUCAUUAAACUCUUAAGCAUUAAAUCAAAA